GGUUUUGGUGACAGGGCGCGGAGGAUUUGGCCAUCUCCUCUCCAGUAGAGUGCCCAAAACUCGGAGCUUGAAGAAAAAAAAAAAAAAGAGAAAGUGGAGAGACAGGGGAACAAGUUCGCUCACAUUUGCACUUUAAAUCUCUACCGUCCCUAACCAAAGUUCCCCUUUUCUCCCUUUAAUGCCUCUUCUUUUUCCCCUUCAUAAAGAAGAUGAAGAAGACAUGUAAAUAAGAGAAUCUCUGUUCUACUGCGACCUCCAAAUACCCAUAAUCCCAAAAUAGAAAAAGCCCAUUUGCUGCUGCUUCCUAUCUCCCUCCAUUUCCACUCGGUUUUAGGGAAAUUGGUUUGUUUCUCAGUGAUGGACCAGAGAUGGACUUUAGGGAAAUUGAUUCCCUUUUCCUGUUUGAGGGUUUUUUGGGUUCGUUCUUCAGUGUCAGGCCAGAAAUGGGGUUUUUCUUUCUCUCCUUAUAAGUUUCUUGAUUGCCAUGCUUUGUUGCUCUUGUUCUUGUUGAUUCUUUGCUUAAACCCUUCCCAAUCAGUGGAGCUUGACUCUGAAGAUGGGGCCUCUCUUUUGGCGUUCAAAUCAUCGAUUCAAGACCCUAAUAAGAAUUUGUCAAGCUGGGUUGGUUCUAACUGUUCAGAUUGGACUGGAAUUGUUUGUGAAAACAAGACUGGGAGAGUGGUUUCCAUUGAACUGAUUGAUAUGAACUUGUCUGGUCAAAUUAACCCUGGAUUCUGUAACCUCUCAUUUCUUGAGCACCUGGUUUUGUCUCAGAACAACUUUUCUUGCUCCAUACCGUCGUGCUUGGGCAAUUUGAUUCACCUUCGUUCUGUUGAUUUGAGUUAUAAUCGGUUUCGAGGCGUUGUGCCUGAGACAUUGAUGAAGCUAGAGAACUUGGAGGAGCUUGUCUUGGUUGGGAACCAAGACUUGGGGGGUCCUAUUCCUUCUUGGAUUGGGAACUUCUCUGCAAAGCUACAGAAACUUGACCUGGGUUUUAACUCUUUUAGUGGUGAACUGCCUGGGAGUUUGUUGAAUUCGACGUCUCUGAAGUAUUUGGAUCUUCAAAAUAACUAUUUGAAGGGAAAUGUGUAUGAUUUUCAUCAGCCUUUAGUUUCGCUCAAUCUCAUGUCGAAUUGGUUUUCUGGAACUCUACCUUGUUUUUCAGCUUGCACUGACUCGCUCACAGUUCUGAAUUUAGCUAACAAUUCUAUCUUUGGAGGAGUGCCCACGUGUAUUGCGUCACUUCGUGCAUUGGUUCAGUUGAACCUAUCAUCCAAUCAUUUAACAUACAAGAUGUCGCCUAGACUCUUGUUUUCGGAGCAGCUGCUUGUGUUGGACUUGAGUAACAAUGAUCUAUAUGGUCCUCUUCCGAGCAAGAUCGUGGAGACGAUAGAGAAAUCAGGGCUUGUCCUGCUUGACUUGUCUCACAAUCGAUUUUCGGGUGGAAUUCCAUCAAAGAUCACAGAACUGAGAAGUUUGCAGGCAUUGUUCCUUUCACACAAUCUCCUUGUAGGGGAAAUUCCUGCAAGGAUUGGGAAUCUGACUUAUCUCCAAGUCAUUGAUCUCUCAUAUAACUACUUAUCGGGCUCGAUUCCAUUGAACAUUGUCGGAUGCUUUCAACUACUUGCUUUGAUACUUAACAACAAUAAUCUUUCUGGUGAGAUUCAACCUGAGCUUGAUGCAUUGGAUAGUUUGAAGAUAUUAGACAUUAGCAACAACAUGAUUUCUGGUGAAGUCCCACUGACUCUGGCAGGAUGUAAAUCAUUGGAGAUCGUUGAUUUUAGCUCCAACAAUCUCUCGGGAAAUUUGAACGAUGCUAUAACAAAAUGGUCGAACCUGAGAUAUCUCUCCCUCGCUCGCAAUAAAUUCAUAGGUAAUCUUCCCAGUUGGUUGUUUGCAUUUGAAGUAAUUCAGCUGAUGGACUUCUCAAGCAACAAAUUCUCUGGCUCCAUACCCGACGUCAACUUUAACAUUAGCUCGAAUUUUAACAGUGGUGACAUUAGUAGGCCAUCAAAAGAACCAUUCGCAGCGAAGAAAGUGGUGAAUUUUAAAGUUUCUACCGUUGUAGAUAUUGGCAGUGAAUUACAAUUCAACUAUGAUCUGUCUUCAGCUGUUGGAAUCGAUUUGUCGAAUAAUUUGCUACAUGGGUCGAUCCCUGAAGGUUUAUUUUCACUCGAGGGUCUGCAAUACUUGAACUUAUCAUAUAACUCUCUUGAAGGUCAGGUUCCUGGGCUAGAGAAAAUGCAGAGUGUAAGAGCCUUGGAUUUGUCCCACAAUUAUCUGUCUGGUGAGAUCCCAGGAAAUAUAUCCAUCCUUGAGGAUUUAACUCUUCUCGAUCUGUCGUAUAACUGCUUCUCGGGUUUGGUUUCGGAGAAGCAGGGAUUUGGGCGGUUUCCAGGUGCAUUUGCUGGGAAUCCAGACCUGUGUGUGGAGUCUUCGGGCGAAGGGUGUCGCUCCAGCGGUAUUCCAACUGUUCCGGGGAAGAUAUCAGAUGGCGAAACAGAGGGGCCGAUAUCGGUCUGGGUUUUUUGUUUGAGUGCAUUUGUAAGUUUCUACUUUGGUACCGUUUCUCUUUUGUGUUCUGGUAGAGCAAGAAACUACUUUCUCCACACAAAAGCUUGAUGAAGUUAGGAGUGAGUUUUGCAAUAUUGCUCUCUUGUAUAUUCCUUUUACCUCUUGAAGCUUUUUUUUCUCCCUCUUUUUAAUAGAAGGAAGAGAAAUCUUCCAAUGAGACAAGAACUCUGAGCAUUGUAACCUUUGACAUAUUUCAGAGUUAGUACUUUCCUAGAUUAAUGAAACAUAUUGUGUAUCAUGUUUAUUUUUCC